AAGAGAGCACGCAGCCACAUGGUAUAUUCCUGCCUCUGCCUCUCUCCUCUCUCUUUUGGUCGUUCUCUUCGGCUUUCUCUCCCACCUCCUCUCCCCGCGCUGCCUUCCCCUCUCCCCCUGCCGCAGGCUGCAGAAUGGGACACGCUUGCUCCCCAGCCAGCCAGCAGCUGUCACACAGCGGAGGCAGCCAGCAGCCGGUGCAAAGAGUGAGCCUACUCUGUCAUUUAGGAUGACUCACUGGAAUCUGGCAUUAAUUUCUCUUUUUCUGUUAGUGGACGGAGAACAACCAAAAAGCUACACUGGUCUAGACCAAGGGGAAGGAGGCAAGACAUAUAACAAAAACCAUAGAGUGAAAUAGCUGGAAUUCCACCCCCUGGGAAAGGCUGGAUGGCAGAACCACUGUGCAAUGCUGCUGUAAAGAAAUGCAAAGAAACUAUGCCCCAGACACCAAUAUUUUCCAGCAUGCUUGGUUCCAGUUGUAGUGGGCAAGUGCAGCCAGAUAUGGGGGAGAGGUGUGUGGACCCUGUUUAUCAGGAUGGGAACCUUGUUUCUGGAUCACUGGAGGCCUUGAUAGAGCACCUGGUGCCCACCAUGGACUAUUAUCCAGAUAGGACAUACAUCUUCACUUUCCUUCUGAGCUCACGAGUCUUCAUUCACCCACAUGAGCUCCUGGCUAAAGUGGGACAGCUCUGCAUUAAACAGAAGCAGCAGCUAGAAAUGGGGAUUGAGGCAGAAAAGGCAAAGCUAAAAUCCUUCGCUGCCAAAAUCAUUCAGCUCCUGAAGGAAUGGACUGAAACUUUCCCCUAUGAUUUCCAAGAUGAAAAAUCCAUGAAAGAAUUGAAGGAGAUUGCUCACAGAAUCACACAAUGUGAUGAGGAAAAUGGAACAGUGAAAAAGAUCAUUAGCCAGAUGACACAGAACCUCCUGAUGGCCCUCUCUGCACGGAGCCAGUACCAGGAAAUCAAAGAGAAAUUCCGGCAACCUGCUACUGACAAAGGCACCAUCCUCAAAACCAAGCCACAGUCAACUCAAAAGGACAUCCUGAGUGUGUGCUGUGACCCUCUGAUCUUGGCACAGCAGCUGACCUAUGUCGAACUGGAAAGGGUGAGCAACAUUUACCCAGAGGAUCUGAUGCAGAUUGUCAGCCACAUGGACUCCCUGGAUAAUCACAAGUGCCGAGGUGAUGUGACCAAAACCUAUAAUUUGGAGGCCUAUGACAAUUGGUUCAAUUGUCUCAGCAUGCUGGUAGCUACAGAGAUUUGUCGGGUUGUAAAGAAAAAGCAGCGUACAAGAAUGGUGGAAUUUUUCAUUGAUGUGGCAAGAGAAUGCUUCAAUAUUGGAAACUUCAACUCAAUGAUGGCUAUUAUCUCUGGCAUGAACUUGAGUCCUGUGGCACGGCUAAAGAAAACUUGGUCCAAGGUCAAAACAGCCAAAUUUGAUGUUUUAGAGCAUCACAUGGAUCCAUCCAGCAACUUCUGUAACUACCGCACAGCCCUGCAAGGAGCGGCACAGCGAUCUCAGACUGCCAACAGCAAUAGAGAGAAAAUAGUCAUCCCGGUUUUCAACCUGUUUAUUAAAGAUAUCUACUUUCUGCACAAAAUACAUACAAACCGCUUGCCCAAUGGGCAGAUAAACUUCAAGAAGUUCUGGGAAAUUUCAAGACAGAUCCAUGAUUUCCUGACAUGGAAACAGGUUGAGUGCCCUUUUGAAAAAGACAAGAAGAUUCAGAGCUAUCUACUCACAGCACCCAUUUAUAGUGAAGAAGCUCUGUUCAUUGCAUCCUUUGAAAGUGAAGGCCCAGAAAAUCACAUGGAGAAAGACAGCUGGAAAACACUCAGGACAACUCUGCUUAACAGAGCCUGAGAUUCUUGGAUCUGAUCUGCAGACUUUGAAGCACAUUGAAUGAACAUGUUUUUACAAUCUGAAGGACUUGGACUGAGCUGAGAAAGACCUCACUGGCUGAGGUCUGUUUUGUAUAUACAGUAACUUUUAUGAAAAAAAUGUGGUAAAUAUUUCACAUGUCAACCUUAAGGCACUUGAGUGAAGGGUUUUGGUUUUUUUAUUUUGAAUACAAGGGCAGGGCCCUGUUCUCAGAGAUGAAGUGUAUGAUAGGAGAUGGUAUCCCUGGGGAGAUCUUAUUCUAUUAGCAUCCAAAUUUUUAUUUUUUAUUACUUCAACCAAAAUAAAUAAAAAUUGAAAACACACUUCUCAACUAAAGCCGAUGUUCCAGUUAAGUACUCCACUGGAGCAGUAUCCUACAGAGCACUCAACAUGUCUCUAGCUUUGAAGUAAAGGGUCUCCUUCAAAUCAGGUGUUAGUUCACACGUGUUAGUGUUUGUAGAGUCAAGGCCUUAGACAUCUGCAGUAAGCAUGUUCCGCUCCUACAUCAGAAAAUAGUGCCUUACAAGGUACUGAUAUCGUUUAGUGUACCUUCUAUUACGCUGGACUGGAAGUAAAGAAAAUAAAAAUAUGGAUGUCUUGAAACCAGCUAAAAAGUACUCUUUAAAUAAAGUGGAGAAUAUGGCACAUGAAGUAGAGUAUACCUGCCUGUAACAUUGAUGGUGCAGCAAACAUUAUUUUUGUUACACGAUUUAAAAAGAUAAGAUGGGGUAACUGUUGGGGAAUGUGUGUUUGUGUGUGUGUGUAAGUGUGCGUGCACAUGUGAAGAUGCACGCAUGUCUAAUACUUCUGGGAACUAUCAUUUAAAUUCUGGCUGUCAGAGUAGUUUGUGUUUUCCUUUUUAAAAGAAAUCAGGGAUUUUUUGUUUACUAUUUUGUUUGAGAGAAGGAUGUCUAACCUAGCUUAUCUCUGCAAAACAGGCUCAGUAUGUUUUUUUUGAAAACAGUUUUUGGAAAAUAGAAGUCAUACAUGAGCUAGGGAGAGGGAAAUACUCAGAUACCCCAUUUGAAAUUAAGGCUAAAAUUUCCAAAGAAACUGAAGAAGAGCUAAUCACCACUGAACUGGUCAUUUAAUUCCCCAGGUUCCUUUGAAAAUGCUAGUCUGCUCUUACAGACAAUUAAAGCAAAGAACAAGUAAUAAGUUUUUCCUAGUAUUUUAUAAGCCAUGAUUAACUGAGCCAGAACA